AUGGCAGACCCGGUUCUCAUGGAGUCAGCUAUCCGCGGGAUACCCGGCCAUGUUGUUCUUCCAUUUUCCAGUCGUGUUGUGGAUAAUUCGCUCAUUGAUAUGGCUGCGAGGAUUAUUGAAGUUAUUUAUCGAUAUCAGCGAAGAGGUAGUGGCACAGAGGGCAUACAGUCAGACGUCGGCCUCCUCGCAGGCCUAACACAGGUCUACAGCCAUGUUAAAGCAAAUAGACCCGUCAAGAUGGCCCUGCCUGCUUUUCCAUUCAAAUCUCCUAACACAAAAGUCAAAGUGCUCGGCCGCCUGCCAGACAAAGCUGAAGAGUUUGCUCUAGCACAUAUGAACGGGUUGUGCGCCGCUAUCAAAGAUGUCUACGGCCCUGGGGCAGAACUGAUCAUUAUUUCUGACGGGCUUGUGUAUAAUGACCUACUCAGUAUUUCGGAUGCAGAAGUCUGGUCAUAUGGCGAAGCCCUCCGGGAACUUGCGGUAGCCAAGGGAUUCAGUCAUAUUAAAUUUUCUCGUCUCAAUGGUCUUGUGUCCCUGGCUGUUCCUGAAAUCCUGGACGAAGUCUCGUACAUUGCCAACGCGACUAACUUCCGAGUUGCAUUAAUGAACAACUUUAGCACUAAGGAUUGGGAUGUUAGUAGCAAAAUACUAGAAGACGAGGAUGUUCGCAUGACCUAUCGUGGAUAUCUUGAAUUUCUUCAUACUGACCUUGCCGAGACAUACCCCGUCUCAGAUCACUUUUCAAAGUCCAAUUUCGAGAAAGGUACUGAGAGCAUCGCCAAGCAGAUGCUCAUUCGUGGCCAAGCGUUUGCUCGUGCUGUCAAGGAGAAAUUCGCGGACCAUGUGCGUCUGUCGAUUCACACAUCUACCGGCCAAAAUAAGGUCUCGAUUAGUGUCUUACCUACAGACACAGAUUAUACGACGCCAUGGCACUGUGCUCUCGCCAUCAGAGUAGACGGCACAGUGACCAGCAACCAUGCUCAAACAUUCCGAGACGAUCCCACCUUGGAGUUGAUAUAUGAAAACGGCAGGCCAUCGUACUUUCGGGAGAAGAGCGACCUCUAUACCUGGAGCUCAGGUGCCAUCAACAUUACCCCUCUGUACCCUUGCGGAGUGAUAAUCACUCCUGCUGAAGGGCCAGAAAAACUUUCUAUGCAAGAUAUUGACGCACAGAAAGUUCGGGUGCUCUCUGAGAUCAUUUCUCCCGUCAUCUUGCGCGACUUCGCAUCCACCACCGAGCGAGAAAGCUUUAUUAAAAAGGCAUCUGAUUUUGGCACUCCCUUGCCAUGGAAAUUUGGGAUAUUGCUGGAAGUUAAAGAUCGCGGCGCCGAUACUCGAGGUCUUAACAACGUUCUUUCCGCGGAAUGGAUGCCAUUCCAUUUUGACGGUCUUUUUAAAACAGUAGAGAAGACGAAGGAGGACGGCACGGUCUAUAGGCUGCCGAAUCCGCCUCGAUUCCAACUCUUCACGGCUGUGACCCCGUCACCUUCUGACACUGGAUUCACGCUCUUUUCCACUUCUACCUUCAUUUUCAAGCACCUUCCUGAUCAUCUUCCAGUUGAAGCCUUAAGAAAACUAACUUGGUCAGUCUCGACGUCUUCUUUUGAUAGUACCAAGUUGCACAGCCUGCCUCUUAUUAUCGAUCACCCUACAACCGGAAAACCUUGCCUACGGUACCAUGAACCCUGGUUAGAGAGCAAAACGAGCUUCGAGGCGACGUAUAUCACCAUUGACGGCUUAACGCCCGAAGGGUCAAACGACGUGUGCAGCCAGCUCGAUAGUUUGCUUCAUGACCGUCGCGUUGUGUACUACCACACAUGGAAUAGGGGUGAUAUGUUGGUUAGCGAUAAUGUGUUGACCAUGCACACACGUAGCGAUUUCCAGGGAGGCACAGACAGAGAGCUAUGGAGAAUCCACUUUGACUGA